AUGAGAUUGAUUAAGCAGCCGUUCCCAGUAAACGGAUCUGUCUUUUACCUACCCCAUCAUGGGGUACUCAAAUCAGAUAGCACAACUACGAAAUUACAUGUCGUGUUUGACGCAUCAGCUAAGGAUCUGAACGGCGUCUCGCUGAAUCAAGUGCUGCGAUCCGGUCCUAAGCUAAAGUCAGAUAUAGUUGAGAUAUUAUUAAGAUUCCGGAUCGGCUUCGUGGCGCUCACCGCGGACGUCAAGCAGAUGUUCCUUCAAAUCUUGGUCGAACUCGCGAUUGCUUGCUUGUUGAAGUUAGCGGCUGAAGACAAAAUAAGUUACCCGUUGGCCGCGGCUGUCCUAGAGGAGAGUAUUUAUGUCGACAAUGUGGUGGCGAGCGUUGAAUCAGAGGAGAAGACCCGCGAGUUUCAGCGGCAGCUACAAGCCUUACUUAAAACUGCCGGCUUUGAACUCAAAAAGUGGGCCAGUAGCCAUCCGUCAGUCUUAGCCGAUCUUAAUCCGGAACUCCGUAGCCAGUUGUUACUGUCCUUUGAAUCACCGGAGGAUCAGUUUUUCAAGGUCAACCCGUUGGACAGAGACUGCACCAAACGCACCAUUCUCUCUGAACUAGCUCGCAUCUUUGAUCCAUUGGGGUUCUUAACACCGCUUACGUUCGCAGCCAAGCGACUGAUCCAGCGACUCUGGAUCCUUAAACUGGAGUGGGAUGACAGGCCUCCUCUGAAGAUAUGUUCUAGACGGGAAAGAUACAAGUCGGAGUUCUCCGCGUUAGCCUCCAUUCGCAUACCUCGCACUAUCGCGGUAGAUAACGUAGUCAGGCGAGAGAUUCACGGAUUUUGUGACGCGAGUGAGCAGGGCUACGGAGCCAUUGUGUACAAUAGAAUCGUCGCCGAGAGUGGUGUAGUGAUCUGUAUGCUCAUCACCAAAUCAAAGGUGGCCCCCAUCAAGGCCAUCACAUUACCGAGACUCGAGCUUUCCGCGGCUGUUCUGCUGUCAGAUUUGUUAGAAUAUGUCGGGAAAAUUCUCCGACCUAAAGUUGCCAUCGACGACACAUACGCUUGGUCGGAUUCUGAGGUUAUCCUCGCGUAG